AUGGGUUUGGCCUUUGAAGAGGUUGUGUCUGACGUGCUGGUUGGACAAAAGCCAGAUGGGUUGCCUCUUUUCCAUGGCUGGGAUGGACAGCCACUUCGUGUGCCAGCAGAAGAGUAUAAGCAGAGGGUGACGCAAACAAGGAAGUCAAUGCAGCAGGAUGGCAUCGAUUUCCUGAUUGUGGUGCAGCCGGAGGAUCUUUACUAUCUCACUGGCUUUUACACCAUUGGUGAUAGUGCUCCGCAAGCUUUGGUGCUGCCUCAUGACGGAGAGCCGUUUUUGGUGGCCCGUUUGAUUGAAUGCGACCUCGUGCCAAAGCUCUCCUGGGUGUCCAAGGUCUGGACAUGCACAGACAAAGCCAGCGUUUCCGAAGUCUUCAUGUAUGCCAUCACAGCUGCAAACGUACAAGAUGGUCGAGUCGGCAUACAACUUCAGAGCAUUUCAGCAGCCCAUUUCUUCCAUCUGCAGAAAUUCCUUCGGAAGUUUGAGACUGAAAUUGUGGAUGGCAGCAAGACGGUGGAACGAGUCCGCCUUGUGAAGUCUGACUUUGAGAAGGAUCGAAUCAAAGAUGCUUCGGUCAUCUCCGAGGCUGCAUUACAGUCCGCUUUGGACCUCAUCAAGCCAGGUGUGUUCUUCUCAGCAAACUUCAGGAAAAGCUACGAUGCUCUGAUCUCCUCGGGAAGUGAGGUGCCUGGCUAUUUGCCCAUUGUGCGCACCACAGACCCAAGCGGACACGGCUCGUGGAUGGCUGGAGAGGAGUGUGCCCCUGGCAACCUCGUCUUUCUCGAGCUGUCUGGGUGCAAGUUUGGCCAUCAUGCGCCUUUGAUGCGCACGGCCUACAUUUUGAAGCCUGAGGAGACGGAAACACCAGCGUGGCUGCUGGAAGCAGAACGCCUUAUCCAGAAGACCUUUGAGGUUUGUUUGCCCAUGAUGGUUCCGGGGGCCAAAGCCAACGACAUCGAUGCGGCUGGACGUGAAAUCAUGAUGAAGAACUCCUUUGGUUUGAGUAUGGCUGCGCGCCUGGCCUAUUCCACAGGUUCGACGUCUACACAGCCUGCAGGUCAUGCUGGAUGGGGAGAUGCAGAUUUCUCCUUGGUGGGCCACAACCAUGGAGAGCUGAAGGCAGGGAUGGUCUUCCAUUUCAUCCCUUGGUUUCAGAAGUACAACGAGCCUUCUGGGCCAAUUGGUCUGUCUGAUACUGUCAUUGUGACCACUGAGGGUGGCCGACGCUUUGGAGAGCUGCCACUGACCGUGAAGAGUGUUGAAUCAGUUGAAAUCAGUUGAAAGGCUGAUGUAGUUUUCAAAGCCAAAGGAUGCUUUGGAGACUGCACAGCCAUUGUCAAGGUAUAACUGUAUAACUAUGUACAACUAGGGAAUGUCCGCACAAGACAGCCAAAUCACGCUGUUGACAAAUGCUGACAACAUAUUUUAGUUCAACCUUCAUUUGCCUUCAGGCAAGUCAAGACUGAGGAUUGGCACAAGGACUUGCUCUCCACA